AUGGCACGUGUUGUUCUUCUCGGGACUUGCGACACCAAGCUCGACGAGCUUUUGCACCUGCGCGAUGUCAUCCGAGAAGCCAACGUGGAGGUCAUGCUCAUUGACGUGGGUCGGUCCCCAGUCGACCACGACGCCAUCACCGUGUCACCGACAGACCUCCUGAGAAAGUAUGGCGGUAGCAGGAAUAUCGACAAGCAAGAGAGAGGAGACGUCGUCAAGAUCAUGGCCAAAUGUGCGACGAAAGCGGUCGAGUCACUCUACGAAGAGAGCUUCAUCCAAGGCAUUGUUGCAGCAGGUGGCUCAGGAGGCACAUGGAUAGCUGCGACCGUCAUGAGAGAUGCGUUACCGGUCGGCUUCCCAAAGCUGAUUGUCUCGACGAUUGCAAGCGGGGACACGGGUCCAAUAGUUGGCGAGACAGAUAUUACGCUGAUGUAUUCUGUCGUAGAUGUCGCAGGCCUGAACGAUGUGCUGCGGAAUAUACUGAGUAACGCUGGGUCCGCAAUAGCUGGCAUGGCUCUUGGUUUCUCUCUGAGAAGUCGACAACCGAACCCUCCAGCCAAGAAGCGAGUUGGCAUCACCAUGUUUGGUGUCACUACACCCGCAGUCGACGAAAUUCGGAAGCAUCUCGAGUCAAAGUACGAUAUCGAAGUCUUCAUAUUCCACGCGACAGGUCACGGUGGCAAGGCUAUGGAGCGGUUGAUUCGAGAAGGCCGCAUCGAUGGGGUGCUGGACUUGACCACGACCGAGAUCUGUGAUCACUUGACGGGUGGCGUAAUGAGUGCCGGCUCACAACGCCUUGAAGCUGCUGCUGCUGCUGCCAUUCCUAAUAUCAUAAGUGUUGGUGCUACGGACAUGACCAACUUUGGUCCUAGAGACACUGUACCAGAGCGCUACAAAGACCGAAAGUUGUACGAGCACAAUCCGGUCGUAACUCUUAUGCGGACAUCACCUGAAGAAGCAGCUCAAGUGGGCACGUUCAUCGCGUCAAAGCUGAAAAACCAUGCCAAAAACCCGAAUGCCGUCGAGGUGUGGCUACCGAAGGGCGGGAUCAGCAUGAUCGCAGUGCCUGGAGGUCCCUUUGCAGAUGAAGAGGCCGACACGAGAUUGUUUCAGGCCAUCAGAGAAGGUCUAAAAGACAGCGGAAUCGAGAUCAUCGAGGAUGCGAGAGCAGUCAAUGAUGUUGGAUUCGCACGCGACAUUGCAGAAGCGCUCGCAGCGAAGCUUACGCCCCAUCCAAAAUCAGGCUGA